UGUCGAGCUGAAUGUCGCGAGCGCCGACAUGGCCGGGAUCUUCGCGAGAAACGAUGUCGCCGACGUCCUUCGCGGCGCCGUGCUCUCGCCGGCCCUGACCGUGGACGCCUACUACUCCCCCGUGGUGUCCAACCUGUCCCCGCUGUUCAAGCUCCCGGUCGACGGCGUCCAGAGGGGGCGGGACCACGGGCUGCCCUCGUACAACGCUGCCCGAGAGGCGUACGGCCUGGACCCGGCGACGACGUUCGAGGACGUCUCAGACGACGCCGACCUGGCCUCGCGCCUGUCCGACGCGUACGGCGGGGACAUCGACGGCCUCGACGCCUUUACGGGGGCGCUGGCCGAGGGGACGGACUCGAGCACGGGGGGCGUGCUGGGGGACCUCCUCGUCGCGGCGUGGUCGGACCAGCUCACCCGCUCCAUCGCGGGGGACAGGUUCUAUCACCUGCACGUCCGUAACAUGGAGAACGUGGCCAACACGACGCUCAUGGAUGUCAUCGGCCGCGUCACGAACGCCACGGACCUACCGCUCUCCGUGUUUCAGGCGCCCAGCAUCACCGUGUGCGACGGAGGGUGCGCCGGAGACGGAGAUGGCGUCGCCGUAUUGUCGGACAACUUCGAGCUCGAGUGGGAGGAACUGGAGGACGACCAGAUGGCCAUCACGUUUCGAUGCAAGGAUCUCGGGACGUCGGGGUGGAUGGGGGUAGGGUGGGGAGGGCUGACGAUGGAACUGGCCCAGGAUUAUAUUAUAUGCGAGAUCACCGACGAGAGCACUGCUUCCUGCACAGAUCGUGCUUACACGACCGAGCGCGAGGCACCCCCCCUGGACGCCGCGGGCGAGACCUCCCUCAACAUCACCGACGUCUCCAUGGAGGACGGGUGGACGUCCAUCACCUUCCUGCGAGACCGAGGGGCGUUCGAUGACGAGGACUACGACCUGGGGUCGGACAUCGACGACGCGGUGGACACUCUGGUCAUAUACGCCUAUCGCGAGGGGGAGGGUAUCGGGCAGCACCCGAACGGAAACCGCGGGGCCGCCACGGUCAACUUCGCCACCGGCAACGUGGAGGCGGAGUGCGACGACGACGACUUCGUGCUCCUGCACGGGGCCCUGAUGCUUGUCGCCUGGAUGGUGCUGGCACCCCUAGGCAUCUACUACGUCAGGUGUUUGUUUUACUCCUCGUGA